AAGGUGUUUGUUUGGGACUGCUGAGUUUGGGAUGCCUAGGGACCUCUGUGCAAAGACAGCGAAGAGACAACAGGAUACAGGCUAGAACCAUAGAGAGCAAUACCAGCUGAGAAUACAGGUUUAGGAGUCAUAAUAUAUUGUUAAUUGUUUUCAUGAGAAAACCCAUGGAGAGUGUAGAGAAGCAUUCUGAACUGAGAAUGAAGUUCUAAGGAAGGGUGAGGUGAAUAAAGGGAGAGGAAGCUGAAGAUGCUAAGCCCAAGGAGAAAAUUAGGAGAAUAACUUAGUGAAACCAAGGGGAGAGAGCUUCAAAAAGAAAUGGACAUGGCAGAGAUGAGAAAUUUCAGGAUUAAGGCAAAAUGACAACUGCUCGAUUUUAUUGCCAAUACUGCAUGGCGUCACUUCUUGGGAAGAAGUAUGUACUAAAGGAUGACAAUCCAUACUGUGUUUCUUGUUACAAUCGUAUCUUUUCUAACUAUUGUGAGGAGUGCAAAGAACCAAUUGAAUCGGGUUCCAAGGAUCUUUGUUACAAAGGCCGUCACUGGCAUGAAGGAUGCUUUAAUUGCACCAAAUGCAAUCACUCUUUGGUGGAAAAGCCUUUUGCUGCCAAGGAUGAGCGGCUGCUGUGCUCGGAAUGCUAUUCUAACGAGUGCUCUUCCAAGUGCUUUCACUGCAAGAAGACCAUCAUGCCUGGUUCCCGCAAAAUGGAAUUUAAGGGUAACUACUGGCAUGAAACUUGCUUUGUGUGUGAGCACUGCCGACAGCCAAUAGGAACGAAACCUUUGAUUUCCAAAGAGAGUGGCAAUUACUGCGUGCCGUGUUUUGAGAAGGAGUUUGCUCACUACUGCAGCUUUUGUAAGAAGGUGAUAACUUCAGGUGGGAUAACGUUCCAUGACCAGCCAUGGCAUAAGGAGUGUUUUCUGUGCAGCGGCUGUAGGAAAGAGCUCUGUGAGGAAGAGUUCAUGUCCAGGGAUGACUACCCAUUCUGUCUGGACUGCUACAACCAUCUGUACGCCAAAAAGUGUGCCUCCUGCACCAAGCCUAUUACUGGUCUCAGAGGUGCCAAGUUUAUCUGCUUUCAAGACCGCCAGUGGCACAGUGAAUGCUUUAACUGUGGGAAGUGUUCGGUCUCCUUGGUGGGGGAAGGCUUCCUGACUCACAACAAGGAAAUCUUCUGCCGCAAAUGUGGCUCUGGGGUGGACACUGACAUCUAGAAGGAGACAGUACCUCCCCACCGGAAAUCCACCUUGCUUUUGUUCUCACUAAAUCCAAAACUCAACUGACA